UCCGUCAAAACAAAAAGGGACACAGCUUUGGCCUCAGCAAGUAAAGCAGAACAAAACAGAAAGCAUGUCUUCAGGUUACGGUUUCUCAGGAGGUACAGGUCGCUGCUUCAACGUGUGGCAAAACUUCAUGGAGUGCUACACAAACAGUGAUACCAAACAUCCACGUGAGUGCACACCAUUGGCUGAUGAUUACUUUGAGUGUCUCCAUAGACCAAAGGAGAAGGCUCGUGCUGAGAAGAUCAGAGCCGAGUAUGUGAAGCAACUCAAGGGUGAGAACAGCGAGAAGGCUGUUGGGAUCACGGUUAAGAAGGACUCUCAGCCAGAGGCCCUUGGACUUGUGAAUUGAUUUUGUCGAAGCGCAGCACUUACUCCCAUACAUACGUUUUAACUGUCUUCACUAUUUAUUAUUAGAGAAUCUAGGUGUAUUCACACGCAAUGGUCUCUCGUGACUUAUUUAUUUACAGUUUGCAAUCUUCGAAACUACUAUAUUUAUUCUUUUAAGAGAACACAUUCUUUCUA